AUGUUUUUGUUUUUAAAAUAAUAAUUGUUGAUUUUAGAUCCAGCCAGGUGAAGCAGGGCGAUUUCAGGAUAAUUUAUUGAAAAUCACGCCGUAAAACCACACCGAACAUAUUAUAUGCAUUUUUAGUCAAUUUUCUGGUGGUUUAAAAAGCUAAUUGCGCAGCUCGCAAUUUCUCUUGUUUGUUAAAAUUGAAGCAAAAAAUGAUUAAAUUCUCAACAAAUUUCGCACCGGUUUGUCAGAGAGCCCUCAGACUUGUCGCGUUAAAUUCGCAUAAUAAAGAUUUCUCCACAACAACGCCAACAAAUUUCGCUGCAAAACCGGGUGGUGUAAACAUUGCUGGUCUUGGUGGCAAAGCGGCCAAAAAGAAACUGGGGAAACUUGGCCCCGCCACUGAAAAAAUGGUUCUGCCUGUUGAAACCGACACGCAAAUCUUGCACGACUACGUCUGUGGAACUAACUUGCUAAAGGAAGGCGGCGAAAACAUCAAACUCAAGGAAGAUUCGGAAUACCCUGAAUGGCUGUGGACCCUGAGGACAGGGAAAUUCCCUGAAUUGAGUGAGAUGGAUCCUGAAACUAAAGAGUACUGGAUGAAAGUCAGAAGAAUGGGUGUGGCAAAUAACAACAAAUUAUUGAGAAAUAAACGAUUAAAAUAAAUAAAGAGCUUAAAUUUUAGUAUUGUUCUGCAACUUAAGUAAAUGAUUUUCAA